UCGACAUUCUUAUCACUUUGAGAAAUAGUCGGAUGCAAGUAGUUGUUGCCCAAUGCUGGGUGGAAGGUGUGUCUGGCAUUGAUCAGGCAACUUGGACCCUGGUUCAGCAGGCAAGUCUUCUAGCGAUCUUCAAGAACGGGGAACCCCAUUCAACUUAAAAUCAAACCCCAACUCCAACCACCUCGCAAACAAGACGACGAAAGUCUGGCAUCACUGCAAACAGCGUCUUACGCUACGCAUGCAUAAACUCUUGGAAUAAUCACACUGAGCACCAAUCCAAAAUGGAUAACGUGACAGACGCCGCUGCCGCCUUUGCGCAUCCUUACUACCCAGUUACCGCUGCCCUACCGCACUAUGUCGCCAACAAAAACUCCGUUCUCAGCCUGCUCGUAUUCUUCGGGAGCAUAAUAUCUUUCGUUGUCUUUACAGCCGUCGCGGGCGCUAGAAAUGCCUAUCCUCAGCUGACAGUUCCGGACCAGCUUACCGUAGCCUGGUUCUCUCUAUGCGGGUUCCUCCACUGUUUCUUCGAAGGAUACUUCAUCCUUAACCACAAGAGCCUUGCGAGUGAUCAGAGUCUCUUUGGCCAGCUAUGGAAGGAGUAUGCACUCUCCGACUCCCGCUACCUGACCUCUGAUCCAUUCAUGCUCUGUGUUGAGUCUUUUACAGUGCUCGUAUGGGGACCACUCUGUUGGGCCAUUGUCAUCACUACUGCCAAGCGAAAUCAGUUGCGUUACCCUUUUCAGAUCAUCAUGAGUGUCGGGCACCUGUACGGUGUGGUUCUCUACUACUCAACCAGCUUAAUCGAGUUCUAUUCCAAUGGAGUAUCGCACAGCAGACCCGAUUUCCUGUACUUUUGGGUCUACUACAUUGGUUUCAAUGCUCCUUGGGUCAUUGUGCCUGCGAUUAUUCUCUACCAAACCACGAUCCAUAUCAAGAGGCACCUCACAGACCGUGCGGACGUGGUGGCCAAGCUGAACAGGAUUGAUGGCAUUAUGGGUGAUAAAUCCUGGCAGACGUAUGUGCCUCAGGACGAGGAGAAGAAGACGAGCUAGCUGUUAUGGCAGCUGUAUCAAUGGUGGUCUAGUCAUGCCGAACAGUCUUUGUGGUGGAAUAGAUUCAUUACGCCACGAGACUGAUCCAAUGAAAACAUGUUCAUCGUUGUUCAAUGGCCACCGUCAGGCGGGCUCACACCCCUUUUUCCAUAUGGUCUUCCCUUUCUCGAACAUGGCAGGAAACAAUCGAGCGCGAUUUGACGGUUCUC